CAUCAACCAAGUAGGGCUUGCUUGGGUGAGGUGGACGGUAUGGUGCUCUGGGUGCCGGUUUUCGUGGCGGCGGCAGUGUCUGUGUGUGUCGGUGUCAUGUUCCCUCGAGCACCAACAUGGCAGAUCGUGGACAUGAAGUACAGAGGCCUGUCCAUGAAUAUUGCGAGCAUUGGGGUUGACAUGAAGAUCGACAUGGGCCUAGAAGUUUUUAACCCCAACUACGUCCCUGCAACGCUGAAAGGCAUCGUGAUGACCAUGUUCCACGAAGACCUUGGGGGGGAGGAGGCGCCAUUCGGGGUGGUAACCUUCGCCGGCGAAAAUGCGGCGAGACUACCCGCGCGGGGUUCCGCGGUAGUGCAGGCACAGAUGGAAGUCGUGUCGCUACCGACGAGCAUGGCGAUGGGCAUUGCGAAGGAUGUUGCUGACGGAGGCGUCAUUGUCAGCCGGGCGUCGGCCUUCAUGGACGUCAAGGUUAUGGGAGGGGAUAUCUUAAUCGAGGCGGACUGCGUGCAACACAUGCAGGCAGACGUGUUUCCCAUCAAGAUCAACGAGAUAGACUGCAAAUACUACUACAAGAACGUUCGGGUGCCGGUGCUGCCUCCAUAGCGGCGCAUCACCAUGUGAUCAUGUCCGGGAGGAGCAACGAGAGUCCUGGCAAGGUCCUCACUUCCUGACAAGGAGAUGCGGGGUUCGGUAUCAAGAUGUCAAGAGGUCGCUUCCCUUCGCCUCCGGGCAGUUGGAUCGUUGUAUCCCAUCCCAUCCCAUG